AGCGUGGCGUCUCGCGGCUCCCGUGUCAUGUCUGGCUAUGACACGCUAGACGCGCCACCACAGUAUGCCUUCUACUCCAACACCGAGGUGGCGGGGAGACGGCGCUUCAGACCGUCCCUGUUCCAGCUGCACUCCAACCAGGAGGAUGAUGGCUGUCCUCCUCCUCUCUAUGAGGAGCCCGGAGCUGGAGAGGGCCAAGGGGCGAGCACAGAGAACCCAGAGGACGAGGAGAAGGCUGCCAAGCCACCCGCAGAACCAACACGCUUCGGAUGGGUGCAAGGCGUUACGAUUCGGUGCAUGCUGAACAUCUGGGGAGUUAUUCUCUAUCUACGGCUGCCUUGGAUCACUGCACAGGCAGGGAUCGGCCUCACCUGGGUCAUCAUCCUCCUCUCAUCCUGCAUCACAGGAGUCACUGGCCUCUCCGUCUCGGCCAUAGCCACCAACGGCAAAGUCAAGGGCGGUGGGACGUACUUCCUGAUCUCCCGCAGUCUGGGUCCGGAGCUGGGCGGCUCCAUCGGCCUCAUCUUUGCCUUCGCAAACGCUGUGGCCGUUGCCAUGCAUACGGUCGGCUUCGCAGAGACCGUGCAGGAGCUGAUGCAUGAGCAUGGCUCUGGCAUUGUAGAUCCCACAAAUGACAUCCGGAUCAUUGGAGUCAUCACUGUCACCUGUCUACUGGCCAUCUCCAUGGCGGGGAUGGAGUGGGAAUCAAAGGCUCAGGUUCUGUUCUUCAUGGUCAUCAUGGUCUCCUUUGCCAGCUACUUCGUUGGCACGGUGAUGCCUGCCACCCCUGAGAAGCAGGCCAAAGGCUUCUACAGCUACCGAGCGGACAUCUUUGCUGAAAACUUUGUGCCCAGCUGGCCUGGUUCGAAGGAAAACUUCUUUGGAAUGUUCUCCAUCUUCUUCCCCUCGGCCACAGGGAUCCUGGCUGGAGCCAACAUCUCUGGAGAUCUGAAGGAUCCCACUGUGGCUAUCCCCAAAGGGACACUGUUUGCUAUUUUCUGGACUACAAUAUCUUACCUGCUCAUAUCAGCCACAAUAGGGGCGUGUGUGGUGCGAGAUGCAUCUGGGUACAUCAAUGACACAAUCUCUGGGCCUGAUAAUGGAGACUGCUUGGGCAUGGGCUGUCACUACGGCUGGAACUUCAGUGAAUGCAUCUCCAACAAAACCUGUGCCUAUGGCAUCAGCAACUUCUAUCAGAGUAUGAGCGUGGUGUCAGCCUUUGGCCCCUUGAUCACAGCUGGGAUAUUUGGGGCCACGCUCUCCUCUGCUUUGGCCUGCCUGGUCUCAGCGCCUAAAGUGUUCCAGUGUCUCUGUAAGGAUAACCUCUACCCACUCAUUGGCUUCUUUGGGAAAGGUUAUGGGAAGAACGACGAGCCUUACAGAGCCUACCUUCUGGCCUACAUAAUUGCCGUCUGCUUUAUCCUCAUCGCUGAGCUGAACGCCAUCGCUCCCAUCAUCUCCAAUUUCUUCCUGUGCUCCUACGCGCUCAUCAACUUCAGCUGUUUUCACGCCUCCAUCACCAACUCCCCAGGCUGGCGCCCUUCCUUCCGCUACUUUAAUAAGUGGGCGUCGCUCCUGUGCGCCGUGGUUUCAGUUGUCAUCAUGUUCCUGCUGACCUGGUGGGCGGCUCUCAUCGCCAUCGGGGUCGUUAUCCUCCUGCUGGGCUACGUGAUGUACAAGAGACCCUCUGUGAACUGGGGCUCCUCAGUGCAGGCUGGCUCCUACAACAUGGCUCUCUCUCACUGUGUGGGUCUCAACCAGGUGGACGAGCACAUCAAAAAUUACAGGCCUCAGUGUCUGGUCCUCACUGGUCCCCCUGCUGCCCGGCCCGCUCUAGUGGACUUUGUUGGGACGUUCACGAAGAACCAGAGUCUGAUGAUGUGUGGGAAUGUUGUCACCGAGAGCCCUUCUCCCAAUGCUGUGGAUUCUGCCUGCAACGACGAUCACACAGCUUGGCUCAACCAGCGGCGAAUUAAGUCCUUUUACCACGGUGUGGUGGCCGAUGACCUACGCUCUGGAGUGCAGAUGCUGCUGCAGGGAGCAGGUUUGGGUCGUAUGCGCCCAAACAUCUUGAUGAUGGGUUUCAAAAAGAACUGGAGAAAAUGCAGAGCAAGCUGUAUGGAUAGUUACAUCGGCAUCUUACAUGAUGCUUUUGACCUUCACUAUGGUGUGUGUGUGCUCCGAAUGAAAGAUGGCCUGGUAAUGUCUUGGCAGAUGCAAGCUCACAGCCCGGAAGCUUCCGUCCGUCCGCCUCAGGUCCCGACUGUGUUCCAGAAAAAGCAAGAGAAGAAGACUAUUGAUGUGUACUGGCUGUCUGAUGACGGAGGCCUGACGCUUCUCAUUCCCUAUCUGCUCACCCGCAAGAAGCGCUGGGCAAAGUGUAAGGUGCGUGUGUUUGUGCGGGGAGAUGUCGAGAACAUGGAGGAGCGGAAGAACGAGGUGAUGUCCCUUAUCAGUAAAUUUCGAUUAGGGUUCCACGAGGUCCAGGUUCUCCCCGACAUCGAUGACAAGCCUCAGCCUGAACAUGUGAAGAGGUUUGAGGACCUGAUCGCGCCGUACAGAGUGAACCCAAUCAACAAGAGCGAGGACUCAGAGGCAGGGCUGAAGGACUACCCCUGGGAGGUGUCCAACGAAGAGAUGGAGAGUCAUAAAGCCAAGUCUCACCGACAGAUCCAGCUGAAUGAGGUCCUACGUGAUAACUCACGCGAUGCUGCCCUCAUUGUCGUGACCCUGCCCGUUGUCAAGAGAGGAGUGUGUCCAAGCGCCCUCUACAUGGCUUGGCUGGAGACGCUGUCACGUGACCUUCGCCCUCCAGUCCUGCUCAUCAGAGGGAACCAACAGAAUGUUCUCACCUUCUACUGUCAAUGACCCCAACUCAACCAAACAAUACACUACACAGAAAAGCUAGUUUGCCGUGACUUGCAGCUGCCUAAUCAUUUGAAGGAAAUGCAAACUAGCCGUAUUAAUCUAAUCUAUGUCUGUAUAUUGUAAAUUUAAUAUCAAUCUGGUUGUUCAAUUAUUAUUGUCACAUGGAUAUAAUUUGUAUAAACACCAACGGUAAACAACUUAUUAUGACAAGGGGUGCAGUUUUAACUAUGCUCCUGAAACAGUGGCCUUUUAAUUUUCAUCACUUUGUGAUACAUGUAAUUCAACACCUGUGUAAUUAAAUAAAUUGUGUUUACAUAAUUAGUCAUUUUUCCGACAUAUACAUUCUCUGGGAUUGUACCGGAAGGCAAAAAGCAUGGCGUAUAAGUAAUUGGGGGAGUUGUGUAGUUAUAGUUAAGCAAAAC